ACAGUGUGAAGGCGAAGCACAAACUGUCUGCAAGAAAGGCUGUCUGAGCUUUGUAACUGGGUCAGAAGAAAAUGUGCUAAGAAGUGUGCUUCUAUUGAGGCUGAUUGUAAAUGCGCUUGAGCCAGCCACAAAAGAAUGUAACAGAGUCGUACAGUAUCAUCUGAUCUACAGACCAUUUUCAAAUCUGAAAUCUUUGGAGAGCAUUUUAAAACUCUUCUCCACGUUUAUUUCCUUCUCAGAAGUGCACUAACAAAAUGAAUUCUACAGAUUCCGGUACCACAGAAUAUCCGUUUGAUGCAGACUACUCUUCUCUAAUUACAACACCCUGUUCCAAGUGGGAAGUCAGGAGCUUCACAAAAGUGUUUCUGCCAAUUGCAUAUUCGCUGAUUUGUAUCAUUGGCCUAGUUGGUAACAUCUUUGUAGUGAUGACCUUUGCGUUGUAUGAACGAACCAAGUCCAUGACGGAUGUGUACCUCUUCAACAUGGCCAUCGCGGACAUACUGUUUGUGCUGACUCUCCCGCUGUGGGCAGUGAAUUAUGCUGCUGACAAAUGGAUUUUUGGUAAUUUCAUUUGCAAAAUGGCCAGAGGUAUCUAUGCAAUCAACUUCAGCUGCGGCAUGCUGCUUUUGGCCUUUAUCAGUGUGGAUCGGUACAUUGCAAUUGUACAGGCAACAAAGUCAUUUAAACUCAGGGCAAGAACGCUCGCAUACAGUAAACUGAUUUGUUUGGCUGUGUGGGCAUCAGCUAUUUUAAUCUCCAGUUCCUCUUUUCUAUACAGUGAAAGUUAUAGCUUCUCCAUUAAUGAAACCAAGGAGAUUUGUGAUCACAAAUUCGACAAAACGUCUGACAGCACUGUGCUGAAAUCACUGCUGCUCUGUCUACAAGUGGGAUUUGGAUUUUUUAUACCUUUCAUAUUCAUGAUUUUUUGCUAUGCAUUCAUUGUCAAGUCCUUACAACAAGCCCAGAAUUCCAAAAGAAGCAAAGCAAUCAAUGUGAUUGUAUUAAUUGUAGCUGUUUUCCUAGUUUGCCAGGUACCCUAUAACACUGUUCUUCUCGUGGCAGUUGCAAAUAUGGGCAAGGCAGAGAAAUCUUGUGACUCUGAAAAGGUAAUGGCCUAUGCAAAAUAUACCACUGAGACCAUAGCAUUUCUACACUGUUGCUUGAACCCUGUACUCUAUGCAUUUAUUGGAGUGAAGUUUAGAAGUUAUUUUGUGAAGAUAAUGAAGGACCUUUGGUGCAUGAGGUACAAGAAAUACAAUAAACGUAGUUCAAGGACAAAUUCUGACAUUAAUCAUUCAAGACAGACAAGUGAAAUUCCGACUGACAAUGCAUCUUCUUUUACUAUAUAAUAUGAUUUUUACAACAUUAUUACUGAAGGACUCUGUUCACCAAGCAACCCAAACCAGUCUCACUGUGUCUGUAGUAGACAGUCUUUUGGAGCUUCUCUAUACCUCAAGGGGAGCUCCCAUGACUUACAAUUCCUUUCAGGAAAAUAAUUGAGAUGAAAGAAUAACACUGUCCCGUGGGAAACUGAAAUCUUAUUUACCUCUUUCGACAUUCAUCUUCUUCUAAAGUGCACUCUCUUAGAGUUAUCAGAAAAGUGAAGUUUACAGAGGAACUCUCCUUGUUUCUAAGAAAAAUAUUGUGUCUUGUCUGUCCUUUGUCACUGAAAUAUCUCAAAAGUACUAAGGAAAUGGAUCAGGCUAUGCCCAGGCUUACAUUUGUGCUGUUGCUAUUAAGUAUUUAUACCUGGAAGUCUUAUUUAAGUGUAGGUCUCCACUGUACUUUUGUGGUAGACAGGUCACUCUAUGAUAAUACUAACCUAAAUGGAUGGCAUUUUGAGCAAAGCAUGGCAAAUAAAGCUAACAGAGAAAUGAAGAAACAGGCUCCAGGAAUAGCUGGAGUAGCUGGGCUUAGAUGUCAGGUCUCGUAAAUCUUUGCCUGGUUCUAUACUCCACCUGCUCAUCAGGAAUUGCAGAAGCUUAUACCAAGGCUGAGACUGAUCAAAGCCAACUAAGGGUUCAAAGCUAUCAAAGAGAAUGUUAAAAAAAAAUCCAAAAACAAAACAAAUAAAAAAGAAGAAAACUACAAAAUAAAGAGAGAACACUCCUCCGAGCAGCGCUCAUGGCACCAAGCCUGACAGAGUUCAAGAAGUGUUUGCAUGAUGGUCUCAGAAGGACAGUUUCAUUUUUUUGGGGGGAUAGUCUUGCACAGAGCCAGGAGUUGGACUCAGUGAUCCUUGUGGAUCCCUUCCAACUUGGGAUAUUCUAUGAUUCUAUAAUUGAUAUAUGCGCAGAAAGGUUUUCUGACAUCUCAUUAGAUUAUCUUCUGACCUGACAAGAGACCUUUACUUGAGACAUUCUUCUCUUCAUUUGGCACUGGAUUCUGGUUUUGCACUCUUUCGAAGCUGAUCACCUUGUGAACAUUUCUUUGUGAUGUUGUUUCUUUGUGUUGUUGUACCUUUCUAGCUGAAAUUCACAGUCCACUUUUUAGAAGCCAGCAAACUGAACAGAAAUGCCUCUAUUUAAAUUCCAACUCUUUUUGAUGUAACUAGAUUGGUCAUAGAAAUUUUAUUUCUUUGUGUUUUGCUACAACUCACAAAAUUUCCACGGGAAGGGAUUUACUGGCACCAAAUAUGUACAUAUGACUUAAUUCAGCCAGAAUUUUUGACUGAGUUAGUCAGCAUUUGACUCGCUCUGAAGAUAGAUAGGGAUAUUUCUAAUAAAUGCAGAUAGUUUUAAGCAGCCAGGAUUUUCCAGUAGACCCUCAGUGAAAUUUCUGUUCAUUGAGAGAACUUCACCACCUUGUAACAAUACGUGGGGUGGCAAGGUAGACAAGAGAAGGAGCUGAUGCAUAUCAAAGAGCUGGAUGUAGGUAACAGUAAGAGCCCCACUGCUUCACGACUGCAGUGUGCUGAAGCUCCUACAAGUUUUCUGCGGUUCUUCUGCAAGGAGGGCAAACUGAUUUACUGUUACGUGGAAUAUUACACUCCUAUGGCAGGAGUAAAUUAAUGCAAUAUGCAGCUGGAUGUUUGCCUUGGAUUUUUUAUGCUCACGGAUGAGGAGACAGAGGAUUUUCAGUCAGUAGCCACAUCCUCCAGAGCAACACAAAGGGCCAAGAUCUAUAGUCCUGGAGCCAAAAGAGGCUUGAGGAAUGGUGUUUAUAUGGUAUGGCAUGAAAUGAGUAUUGCUUGUGCUGGCGUAAUCCAUCCUUGUUUACAGUGCACUGUGACGUUCUUAAAUGUCAAUGCCUGGUGUUAUAAAGAUGUGCCUACUUAUCAUCACUGAAUAAUGACUUAGGCAAGAAUAUGAUUCAAAAUUGUGUAAAUGCAUAUGUGUGCAUUUGCUGUAUAUAGCAUUGAUGAUUUUCUGCAUGAUAAUUCAACAAAUAAAAAAUGUAGAUGAA